AUGCGUGAUAUCCAGAAGUUGAAGCUGGAGACGGUGGUAGCUGAGCAAAGGGUCCGCCUCAGCUAUCACGGCCCCUGGGUUUGGUCAGACGCUACCGGCGGGGAAGUACCGGAGCAGGGGAGCGAACUGGAGGCAAGUGUGGACGGUGCAGAGUUGUGCAGCCACUUGCCAGCCACACUUGGUCCUUCCUUGACCUUGGGUGAGUGGCUCCCGAGUGGAGGCAGAAAGGACUCCCCGACCAUCCCGCGCCUUCCGGCUUCUCCCAGCAUUGCACCGGUUCUGAUUGGCCACGGCACGGGUACCGUCUAUUCGCGUCCACGACCUUCCAAAUUGGCUCUGCCAGGGGAGGAGUCGGUAUCCCGUACCUUCUAUCCGUUCAACCUCACGUCGAUUGGACAGCCCCGGGGAAACAUUGGAGAUAGACCACAUGCAUUUCUGUCAAAAAGUUCGAAAAUGUCUCCAGCCUUGAAGCGGCCCCACGCAAUCCAGUACACUGGUGCCGGUUUCUUCUCGCAGAAGGGGGGCCAUUUGGGUGGAAGACAUCAAAGAGUCAUCGGCCUGAUUUGGCAAUCGCCUGGACUCGCGUUCCAAGGCGUUGUCAAGUUGACGUUCCAGCGCAGCUUUUAUCAAUCUUGCGUCCUCAGGCGGCAGGUCAGAGUCGUCAUCUCGCUGCGGGAACCAUUUUGGAAAGCCGAGGGAGGUGAGGGGCUCAAAGUGAACUUGAGUCCAGUAUCCGUACCUAUGACACGCAUAGUCGGCCCCGGGGGCGUAUACUUGACGUAUCCGUCCCGUCUCCGACUUCAUCUCAUCCCGUAUUCUAAAGCUACACGCCGUCGUCACCUGUCAGCUUCCAAGGCACAGUUUAAUGGGAGGAAGAGGGCAGAUCUCGGGAAGAGUUGGACAUUGAGGCCAUCUAGUGUCUACCUUUCUGCCCAUCCCCCUUUCUCAGGCCCAUUCCAAUAUGAACCAGCAUUGCUUUUUCAAUGCUUGGUCCGUAAACCCAACAAGCGUGAACAAGGGAGUGAGCCACAGCAAAACGAGGCUAGAGACAGUGGCCAGCCACUCAGAGGUCGCAAACAGUUCGGGAAAAUGGCAGCAACAAGUCACCGAAAGAACAUUGGAGCCUUGGGAGCUGGAACUUGGAAGGAGCUGCUCGCCCGGACGGCCACAACGGCCUUAGUAAUUAAAGUUCCCGAAUCCACCCUUGGCCGUCGCUCCAUGCGCCAGCUCCGAAUCCACGCGAACAAGUUCCCCAGUCUUUUGCGCAUAUUCUUGUGGUGGUAUUUUUUUCCAACUUCUCUCGAGUAUGUCUCUCCCCCAGGCUUCUCAGUGCGCGCAAGUGCGAGUGAGACUCUACACUACUCCCGUGCCCGUAGCUGGCCCCCCUUCUGUUCCAUUCUCCAUUCCUUCCAGAGUCUGAAAGAGACAGCCGUGACGGGCCAAGGAGGGAUUCGAGAGCCGUGGCCGUACGCCUCAUCGACUCCGUCCGAUCUCAAACGCGCUCCCGUUCUCUCCCAUUUUCCAUUCCCAGGCCCAUUCCCACUCCCACCUCCCUACCGAUCGACAUUUGGUACGGAGCAAGCAGUAGUGGAUGGCAGCCCCCUCCCCGUCAUCAUUUUGCUUUCCUCCUACUUCUUGCUUUUCAAUACUCAAUUCAAUAACCCUUCUUUAAUCAGAUCGCGCGUUUAUUUGGCGGCUACAGUGCUGUCAAAUGAACCUGCAACGGACUCUUCAUAUUUCCCUAUCUUCCUCCAAGAAACGGAGGAGGGAAAAAAACAUGUGUCAUCUGAACACGCGGAAAGCACAGCGCAAAUCUUGUCGAUCACCGUUUAUGCAGCAACAACUCCAAAGGAAACCACAAAUUGA